AUGGCCCGACCAUUAGCCUCAGCCUCAAAUCUUACGGUUCGCUUAAAAUUAGAUGAAGAGUCAUCAAAUUGCUGGGACUCAUUGAUUCAACUUCAAGCAUGCACUGGGGAGAUUAUUCUUUUCUUCCUUAAUGGGGAGACUCAACUAGGCCGUAGCUGUUGCCAGGCACUGCAGACAAUUGGUAAACAUUGCUGGCCUAACAUGAUCGAUACACUCGGGUUUACCACUGAAGAGGGUCAAGUACUUGAAGGCUAUUGUGAUAAAGCUGCUGAUUCCACUACUCCAUCUGCACCAUCUGUGAUUAAGCUGAAGAGGGAAUUUCACAAAUUAAGCCAAAUUGAGUUAGCGGUUAGUGCUAAAUGGACUUCAUAA